AUGGAUCUUAAUAAAGUGCCGCAAUACCUGGUCCCUCUAUCAUCGUUCAGCUCUCGUGCAAACGUCGUGUCUGGGGACGGCGCUGUUAUUGUUUGUUGGCAUCCAAAGCAGGACAUUCCCUACGAAAAAACUAAGCCUAUAACACACAAUCUGGAUAGAAUAAAACAACCCGAAUCGCCCCUUAAAGUCCAGUUUGAUCGUACAAAAGAACCAACUGUACAAGAAGUCGCAGCAUCUCUAUGCAAGUCUGCGCAAACGCUUAAGCCUAGACGAGGAGAGCGUUCUUUUAGUCCGUACUACUGGGAUGAUGAAAUAUUACGCCGGCGGUUGUAA